GUUUACACAGCAAAUUGGAGGGAAACUCAUGACCAAAAUAGCGAGCGCUCGCCUCGAUUGCCUCAGAAGCGGCAAAAGCAGUUGCGAAGUGAGAUCUUGUUCGAUCAUUAAUUAAAGUUAAAUUAUUUUGUAUUGUUACAUUAAACUAAAACACAAUGGCCCCAAUUGUUGAUAAAGAGAAUUUGCACAACGAGUUCAACAAUGUGCAUUUAAAGAGCCCUGUUAAAAACAACGUUUUGGCUGAACGCAAUGAAAAUAUGAGUGGCGAAAGCAUGGAGGUCGAGGGAAAGACCACUGAAGUGGUCGAGUUUGACCCACAAAAGGAACCACUACUGAGAGACAACCCUCGCCGUUUUGUCAUAUUCCCUAUUCAGUAUCCUGAUAUUUGGGAGAUGUACAAGAAGGCCGAGGCUUCCUUCUGGACUGUUGAGGAAGUGGACCUAUCCAAGGAUUUAUCAGACUGGGAGACUUUAAAGGACAGUGAGAGACACUUUAUCAAGCAUGUCCUGGCUUUCUUUGCUGCUUCUGAUGGGAUUGUCAAUGAAAACCUGGUUGAACGUUUCUCUCAAGAAGUUCAAGUUACUGAAGCUAGAUGCUUCUAUGGUUUCCAGAUAGCCAUGGAGAAUGUACACUCUGAGAUGUACUCUCUUCUUAUUGACACAUAUAUUAGGGACCCAAAGGAGAGGGACUUCCUGUUUAAUGCUAUUGAGACUCUCCCUUGUGUGAAGAAGAAGGCUGACUGGGCCCUGCAAUGGAUUGCUAGCCAGUCUGCAACAUUUGCAGAGCGCAUUAUUGCAUUUGCUGCUGUCGAAGGAAUCUUCUUCUCAGGCAGCUUUGCCUCUAUUUUCUGGAUGAAAAAGCGUGGUCUUAUGCCUGGCUUAACAUUCAGUAAUGAACUGAUAUCUAGAGAUGAGGGUUUACAUACAGAUUUCGCGUGUCUAAUGUACCGCCAUGUGGUUCAGAAGCCAAGCAAGGAGCGUGUACUGCAGAUCAUUAAGGAUGCUGUAGUAAUUGAACAGGAAUUCCUGACAGAUGCACUGCCUGUAAGGCUACUAGGAAUGAACUGCGAACUUAUGUCAGAUUACAUUGAAUUUGUUGCUGACAGACUACUUUUGGAACUUAUUGGGGAGAAGCACUACAACACAAAGAAUCCAUUUGACUUCAUGAAUCUGAUUUCACUAGAAGGUAAGACCAACUUCUUUGAGAAGAAAGUAAGCGAGUACCAAAAGUGGGGAGUUAUGGCCAACCAGAUGGACAAUGUAUUCACACUGGAUGCUGAAUUUUAAAUUGACUAAACACUUAAUUGCAAUAGACCAAUUCGACAGUAUUAUUGACUCCAAUCAAAUUGAAAAAUUAAGGAUAUUUUGUAAGAGCAUAUAUGGUACAAUAUUGUUUGUAAAAGAAAAAAUAUGAGGAUUGUUUGACUGACAGAAUGUAAUUAAUUGUAUUAAGACUUAUGGCUGAUUUCACAGGCUCUGGAUAGCCUGUUUAUAACAAGUUGAAUUUGAAACAUAAAUUAUAAUUUCUAUGAAAUACCUACCAGUUGCAUUCAUCAGGGCACAGUGUUAUUGGCCCUGAAUGUGUGUUUUUGACAUGUGUAUGGAUAGAUAUAGUUCUUUCUUUACGAUUAAGUAACCAAUUCUCUUUUUUCAUUAUUUUGUACUGGUAAUGUAAUAGCUAUAAGGACUAUUAGUACCUAAUAUAUUUUAUAGUAAAAUGGGAUCAUUUCAAGAUGAUUUAUUCUGUGAUAGAUAAUAAUAUGUGUGCUAAAUGCAUACAUAUUCACUUCGAGUUAUAAGUAUAAUGCUUUUUACUAAAUAUGUAUUUUAAGUGUGUUUAAUAUAUUUUUUGCUAGUAAAAUUAAUUUGUAAAUUA